UGCACCGUUUCAUUCAGAUAGUAUCAUUUGCCAUGGAUGACCCAAAUCCAUGGGAUGCUUUAGAUGAUGAAGCAGACUCCGUAGAGGAGGAGGAGAUCGUAGUGGAGCCGCUGAAUGGAGAUCAGGAUGAUCCCGAACACGAUGCAGAUGAGGGAGAUGGACUGCAAUUUGAGGAGGAUGAGGACUGGAAACUCGAAGAGGAGUAUCAAGAUGAGCUGCAGGAAGAGUUCGAAGAGUUACAACACCUUGCGCAAGAGAAGGAGAAAGAAGGGGAGUCAGAGGAGGAGGUAGUACCAGGUCGAGAAGGAGACCUGAAAUUAACAGAUGUGGCGGAGGAUAUGCGUGAGGCUGUUCAAGGCAGCUUGAGUUUGAAGCGCAUCCUCAACGAGAAGUAUGGGAGCCUUGAUGAGUCUGCCAAACGCAGGCGCUUGGAGGCUGAAUCUGAGCUGGAUCCAGAGCGUCGUGAACUUCUGGACCGCUGGAAACUCACAGAGGAUCCGGCUGUCAGGUAUGUCAUCGAGACCGCCGAUUUAGAUGAUGUGCUGGAAGUGGGGCAGACAGAUUGGACUCCGAACCUGAAGGGGAUUGUCAUGCGAAAUGGCAGAGAUCCGAAGUCAGCUGCAGAGCAGGUGCAUGAAAAGCUGCUUGCAGCAAGGGAGCAAAGAUUGAUCUCUAGAGACAAGGUCACUGUCAUUGCAGCAUGGAGAGCAAGGUGGAAGCUCAAAGAGGAGGACGUUGACUCUUUGACACGUGCGAGCCACAAAGACCUUAGAUAUGUGUUGCGUCAGUAUGAUGGCAGCCGUGGUGUGCCUGAGCUUCUCGAGGAAGCGAGCGGUCAAAUAGCCGAGGAUAGCGAGAAGACUGAGGAUGCCUUGCCAGAAAGUAACGGCCUCUUUACCGUGGGCAGGUUUAACCGCCUCGAGCUCAUUGACUCUGUCGCAGAUGCGCUGGUGGUAGGUGAUGCAAACCUCACAUUUUCUGCUCUGCUGGCCGAUCACCGGGAAGGCCUUGGACAUGUCGGUCGGCUAGUUGCAACAACAUUCGAGACCCUUGACAUUCUGAGAGAGCGCUACAGUGAAAUUGACCAAACCAUCAAGUUGCUAGAGGACAAAAUGUCCGAAGUGCUUCACAACGUGGAUGGUACCAGGCUUGCAGUUGACCCACGCUUCAAGGGCAUGGAGAACAAGUUUGGUGCUGUAUACUACAACUUUCCUCACGCAGGAGUUGUUCAAGGCUUUUUUGACGGGCACCCAUUCGUGCGUUGGCGGCAUGAAAACCUGAUGCAUUUAUUCUUCAGAGCUUUGCGCGGCUUCGUGAAGAAGGGUGGCAUCGUCAAGGUGGCAUCUAAUGCAUGUGCCACUGGGGUCCGCUUCUCUGACAUUGUCAUCGGAGCGCAGAAGAGCGAGUUUGUUCACAUAGAGACCUUCCCGUUCCUGGAAUGGCAGCUCAGAAAUUACGGACGAUCAUAUGGUGAUCGCCGCGACAGAAAGAGGCGGCCUGAGGAUGGUGAGAUAUAUCGGUCUCAGAAAGCGCACAGUGAUAUGGUGUAUUGUUUUCGGUACGAGCCCUCGGGUGACGUAGUGUCGAAAGCGACUAUCCGCUACCCACCUUCCAAAGAUCAGCUGAUCGGAGCUCAAGAAGGUCGUUUGCAGCGAAUGUCAAGCCAUGAUCGCGAGCGACGCGUGCAGGAAAUCUAUGAGAUCUUCCUCACCUAUGUUCAGGGAGUCCACGUUGGAUGAGAAACUGUGUUUCUGCUGACCAACGCGCUUCAUUGGUUUGCAGAUGCUUGCAAGCCUUUCCCUUUGGAGAGUUUUGCUGAACCAAAAGUUGUCUAGCAGAGGCCCCUAGGUUCAAAACCUGGGAGUUGCUGUAUGCUGCGCAGAUAUCCUUUCUGCAAGCUGCUUGCAUCAGAUUCUGAGUCGGAAGCGGGCCGGAGCUUUAUUAUGUCGAUCAAAAAAACCUUAGUGUUCGCCAGACCUUUUUGGACAGAGUGACGCAAACGUGCACGGAUGGAUCAAGUAAGA